AUGUUCCUUUAUACUUCAAGAUUUGAUCUUGAAGAGAAGGAGUCUCAUCGGCUAGAGAAAUUCUUCUCUCGUGAAGAGAUUGAAGCAGCAAAGGAAGAGAAGGACGAAAGGAUUGAUGAGAUUGAAGUGGAACCAAUCAGUGAUACUGAGGAGUCAAAUAAUGAAUUGAAUAAUGAGAUAGUGGCAGAAGUGGCUCCUUCUUCUACUAUCCAGGACCACACUGAGCCCGAACUGCCAGAGAAUAACACUCAGCUACGGGCUUCAGGACGGAAGCGUAAGAGUCGAGAGGAUGAUGCGUUUGAGUAUCAUUGA